CAGCAGCAGCAGCAGAAAGCCGGCGAGCAGCAGCUCAGUGAGCCAGAGGACAUGGAGAUGGAAGCUGGGGAAACAGACGACCCUCCAAGAAUCCCGGCCAACCCAGUGAUUAAUGGUAAUGUGGCCAUGGCAGAUGGACACAACAAUACAGAAGAGGAUAUGGAAGAUGACACCAGCUGGAGGUCGGAAGCGACCUUCCGGUUUGUGGUGGAGCGGUUCAGCCGCCUGAGUGAGUCGGUGCUCAGCCCGUCUUGCUUUGUACGGAACCUCCCCUGGAAAAUAAUGGUGAUGCCGCGGUUCUACCCCGACCGACCCCACCAGAAGAGCGUGGGCUUCUUUCUGCAGUGCAAUGCAGAGUCUGACUCCACGUCAUGGUCUUGCCACGCUCAGGCCAUGCUGAAGAUCAUCAACUACAAAGACGACGAGAAGUCGUUCAGUCGCAGAAUCAGUCACCUGUUCUUCCACAAAGAGAACGACUGGGGUUUCUCCAACUUCAUGUCCUGGAGUGAUGUGACUGAUCCAGAGAGGGGCUUCAUUGAGGACGAUAAAGUCACGUUUGAAGUCUAUGUCCAGGCUGACGCUCCACAUGGAGUGGCCUGGGACUCUAAGAAACACACUGGCUAUGUGGGCCUAAAGAACCAGGGAGCGACCUGCUACAUGAACAGCCUCCUUCAGACGCUUUUCUUCACCAACCAGCUACGGCGGGCGGUGUACAUGAUGCCCACAGAAGGAGACGACUCGUCAAAGAGCGUUCCGCUGGCGCUGCAGAGGGUUUUCUACGAGCUGCAGCACAGCGACAAGCCAGUCGGAACCAAGAAGCUCACAAAGUCUUUUGGGUGGGAAACACUCGACAGCUUCAUGCAGCAUGACGUUCAGGAGCUUUGCAGAGUGCUGUUGGACAACGUGGAGAACAAGAUGAAAGGAACUUGUGUUGAGGGAACGAUCCCCAAACUCUUUAGAGGAAAGAUGGUGUCAUAUAUUCAGUGCAAGCAUGUGGACUACCGGUCUGAGCGGAUCGAGGACUACUAUGACAUUCAGCUUAGCAUAAAAGGAAAGAAAAACAUUUUUGAGUCUUUCAAAGAUUAUGUUGCAACCGAGCAGUUAGAUGGAGACAACAAAUACGAUGCAGGAGAGCACGGCCUUCAGGAAGCAGAGAAAGGUGUAAAGUUCCUGACCUUCCCUCCGAUCCUCCACCUGCAGCUGAUGAGAUUCAUGUAUGAUCCACAGACUGACCAAAAUAUCAAGAUCAAUGACAGGUUUGAGUUUCCAGAUCAGUUACCUCUGGAUGAGUUCCUUCAAAAGCCAGAUUCAAAGGAUCCGGCAAACUACAUUCUCCAUGCAGUCUUGGUGCACAGUGGGGACAACCACGGCGGGCACUAUGUCGUCUACCUUAACCCCAAAGGAGAUGGUAAAGUGAGUGCCAAGGAACCAAUAUGGUGUAAGUUUGAUGAUGACGUUGUGUCACGGUGCACCAAGGAAGAGGCUAUAGAGCAUAACUAUGGUGGACACGACGAUGACCUCUCCGUCCGCCACUGCACCAACGCCUACAUGUUGGUCUACAUCCGAGAGUCCAAGCUCAGCGAGGUCCUCCAACCGCUGACCGACGUGGACAUCCCCCCUCAGCUUGUAGAGCGCCUUCAGGAGGAGAAGAGGGUGGAGGCGCAGAAGAGGAAGGAGCGCCAGGAGGCUCACCUCUACAUGCAGGUCCAGAUUGUGAUGGAAGACCAGUUCUGUGGUCACCAGGGCAACGACAUGUACGAUGAGGAGAAAGUGAAGUACACGGUCUUCAAAGUCCUGAAGAGCUCCACGCUGCAGGAAUUUGUCCAGAACCUCUCCCAAACCAUGGGUUUCCCACAGGACCAGAUGAGGCUGUGGCCCAUGCAGGCUCGCAGCAACGGGACGAAGCGACCCGCGAUGCUCGACUACGAAGCCGACUGCAACAAGUCGAUGAUCGACUUGAGUGACAAUGAGAACCCCUGGACAAUAUUUCUGGAGACGGUGGAUCCAGGACUGGCUGACAGUGUGGCCACAUUACCCAAGUUUGACAAAGAUCACGAUGUCAUGUUGUUCCUGAAGAUGUACGACCCCAAAACCAGAAGCUUAAAUUAUUGUGGACAUAUCUAUACACCUAUAUCCUGUAAAAUAAGAGACUUGCUGCCAGUCAUGUGUGAGAGAGCAGGGUUUCAGCAGGAAAAUAGCCUUAUCCUCUAUGAGGAAGUAAAGCCCAACCUAACGGAGCGGAUACAGGACUACGAUGUCUCUCUGGACAAGGCCCUGGAUGAGCUCAUGGAUGGGGACAUCAUCGUAUUCCAGAAAGACGACCCAGAGAAUGACAAUAGCGAGCUGCCUACAGCAAAAGACUACUUCCGGGAUCUCUACCACCGGGUUGACGUCAUUUUUUGUGACAAGACCAUCCACAACGACCCUGGCUUCGUGGUCACGCUCUCCAACCGCAUGAACUAUUUUCAGGUGGCCAAAACAGUGGCACAGAGGUUAAACACAGAUCCCAUGCUGCUGCAGUUCUUCAAGUCACAGGGGUACAGGGACGGUCCAGGGAAUCCUCUCAGACACAACUAUGAGGGAACGCUGCGAGACCUGCUGCAAUUCUUCAAGCCUCGGCAGCCCAAGAAACUUUAUUACCAGCAGCUAAAGAUGAAGAUAACAGACUUUGAAAACAGGAGGAGUUUUAAAUCCAUAUGGCUCAACAGCCAGUUCAGAGAGGAGGAGAUCACCCUCUACCCUGACAAGCACGGCUGUGUGCGGGACCUGUUGGAAGAAUGUAAAAAGGCGGUGGAGUUGUCUGAGAGCAGCUCUGAGAAGCUCAGGCUGUUAGAGAUAGUAAGCUAUAAAAUCAUUGGGGUUCACCAGGAGGACGAGCUGCUAGAAUGUUUAUCUCCUGCUGCAAGCCGCACCUUCAGAAUAGAGGAGAUUCCCUUGGACCAGGUAGAUUUGGACAAAGACACGGAAAUGCUAAUCCCCGUCGCCCACUUCCACAAGGAAGUCUUUGGCACAUUCGGGAUUCCCUUCUUGCUCAAGAUCAGACAGGGCGAGCCGUUUCGGGAGGUGAUGAGGAGGAUCCAGACCAUGCUGGACAUCCAGGAGAAAGAGUUUGAAAAGUUCAAAUUUGCCAUUGUGAUGAUGGGCCGGCAUCAGUACAUCAAUGAAGACGAGUAUGAGGUCAACCUGAAGGACUUUGAACCACAGCCAGGUAACAUGUCCCACCCGCGCCCCUGGUUAGGGUUGGAUCAUUUCAACAAAGCUCCAAAGAGAGGCCGCUACACCUACCUGGAGAAAGCAAUCAAGAUUCACAACUAAAGCAGCCUGUCCUCCCCUCUCCGCUUCCUUCCCCGCGUUAUCCAACCCCCGCCCUAACCACGGACUGUAACCAACCGCGCGCAACUGUGUGCGUGCGUGCGUGUGUGUGCGUGCCAGAGAUAGUUUUUGGGUGUGCUUGUACGCGUGUGGAUUCAUCACUUUAACACUCUGCCCCGGACACCUGGACGGCGCCGCGCCUGCACUAUGUCUUCAGUGAUACGGGAUCUCGCUGCAGCUGACGGAUUAUACUUCAAAUAAACGGCACCAACCACCUCCUGACUGUU